CUCCAAUAUACUUGACCUGUGCUGAAAGCUUGAAACACCGUACGUGAUCUCUCUCUCUCUCUGUUCGUACGUGAGCUCUCUCUCUCUCUGUUCGCACCCGAUUGUUAAGCUCUUCAACCAUUCUGAGUGUACUUCUAGCUUUAGAUAGAGCACAAAGGAAGCGUUUCUUGCUAAUUUCUGGAGAUGGGUAGGGGAAAGAUUCAAAUGAAAAAAAUUGAGAAAGAAAGCAGCCGUCAAGUUACCUUUUCAAAGCGUCGAGGUGGUCUUCUGAAGAAAGCUUCCGAGCUAUCUGUUCUUUGUGACGCCCAAGUAGCCGUGAUAAUCUUCUCACAGAAAGGAAGGCUCUAUGAAUUCUCAAGUUCUGACAUCACAAAGAUUUUGGAACGGUACCAAAAAUAUACCAAAGAUUUUUCCGCCAGUAAGUUUGGGGAAGAUUAUAUCCAGCAACUGAAGUUUGACUUUGCAAGCAUGGCAAAGAAGAUUGAGCUUCUUGAACUUUCUAAAAGGAAGAUGCUGGGACACAACUUGAGUUCAUGUUCUUAUGAUGAACUCCAAGGAAUUGAGGACCAGCUUGAGAGAAGUUUGCAAAGCGUCAGGCUGCGAAAGGAUCAACUGUUUAAGGAGCAUAUCGAACAACAACAAAGCCAGGAGAGAAACUUGCUCAAAGAGAAUGCCAAAUUAAGUGCAAUGGUGAGAUUAUGAUCUUUCCCAUGUAUAUAGUUGAUUAUCCAUGAUAUUUUAUCAGCCAAAAACAAACGAAAUAAAAAGAUCGAUAUUAGUUUUCAUAACGAGAAAGUUUAGAUGUGUUUUGUUAGAUACAUCAUUGGUUGACGCAUGGCUUUGACUAACUGAGUGGAAGUGAGUAUAUAUAUAAAUUUUUUUUUUAGUACAUAAUAAUAAACAAAUUUUAGAUU